CUUUUCCCUUUUUUUUUUUUUUUUUUAAGUGUGGCUCUCAGCUGCCGAGGCGGACGAUGAUGAUGAUGGCGGAGCUGGUUCAGGGACAGGCCUCGGUGGCUCAGCCCGGAACGAAAGAUGACUUCGCAGACACGAUACGCCGGGUCCGACAGUUGACAAAUAACGAAACUGCACAUCACAGCCAACAUCUGAUGGUAGCAAAGAUGGGAGGAGACCAGAUGCCUAACAUGAACAGUUCCUCUGCGGUCAUAGACCCCUCCCUGUACGGUUUUGGAGGCCAAAAACGUUCACUCGACAAUGGAGUAGGGAACCACCUCGGUGCAAUGGUACAUCAAAGGGCUCUUGCGACAGAAGACUUCAAAGUGCCUGAUAAGAUGGUGGGAUUCAUCAUUGGAAAAGGAGGAGAGCAGAUCUCAAGAAUUCAGCUGGAAUCGGGUUGUAAGAUCCAGAUUGCUUCAGACAGUGGAGGCAUGUUGGACAGGCCCUGCACACUGACUGGGAGCCCAGAGAACAUUGAGCAGGCCAAGAGGCUGUUGACUGAGAUUGUGGAGCAGUGUCGGUAUGGGCCAGGCUUCCACAGUGAGAUGGACGGCAACAGUUCGAUCCAGCAGAUCCUUAUCCCCGCCAACAAAGUCGGCCUGGUCAUCGGCAAAGGAGGAGAGACCAUCAAACAACUGCAGGAGAGAACAGGAGUGCAGAUGAUAAUGAUUCAGGAUGACCCCAUGCCCACUGGAGCAGACAAGCCCCUGCGAAUCACUGGGGAUCCCCACAAAGUGCAGCAAGCCCGUGAACUUGUAGUGAAGCUUAUCCGAGACAAGGACCAAGGAGACUUCAGGGUUGGCAGGGCAGACUUUGGAUCCAAAAUGGGGGGAAGCAGUCUUGAUGUGGUUGUGCCCAGAUUUGCUGUUGGCAUCAUCAUCGGCAGGAACGGAGAGAUGAUCAAGAUUCAGAAUGACGCCGGGGUCAGGAUCCAGUUCAAACAAGAUGAUGGAGUCAGUCCUGACAGAGUUGCUCAGGUGAUGGGCCAGCCCGACCACUGCCACCAUGCGGUCCACCUCAUCAAUGAACUGGUUCAAACUGCUCAGGAGCGAGAUGGGUUUGGGGGUGUAGUGGGACGUCGAGGGCGAGGUGACUGUAACAUGGGAGGGCCUGGAGGACUGCAGGAGGUGACAUAUGCAGUUCCUGCUGACAAGUGUGGUCUAGUGAUUGGCAAAGGUGGGGAAACCAUCAAGAACAUCAAAGAGCAGUCUCGUGCCCAUGUGGAGCUCCAGAGAAACCCGCCUCCCAACACCGACCCCAACAUGCGCAUCUUCUCCAUCCGAGGCACCCCUCCGCAAUUGGAAAAGGCCCGCCAGCUGAUCGAUGAGAGAAUUGGGGGCCCAGGAAUGGGGGGCAACAGCAGCUUUGGUAUGAAUCCCUACAACCAAGGACCAGCCACUCCUCCUCAACAUGGGCCUCAGACAUUCAUGACUGGAGGCUGGGGUACAACUUUUCAAAUAUGGCAGCCUCAAGGCCAGCAGGACCACAGUCACAAUGGAUCCCAGACGGGCCAGAUGGACUGGGAGCAGUAUUAUAAAAAGCUAGGUCAGCAGAACCAAGCUCAGGGCACUGCUCCUGAAUACAACAAAGCUUGGGGCCAGACAACUGGUCCUGGAUCUCAGCAGACCUCUAAUCCUGACUACAAUGCCUGGGUUGACUUCUACAGACAGCCGAUGGCCUACUUCAACCAGGGCGCACAGCAGACACAAGCUCCGGGCCUUCAGGAUCAUUAGAGAAGACGCCCAGGUGAAAGACUUGAAUCACGGAGAGGAUGAAAACAACCCUUUUUUAACAGGGGGGGUUCUAGAUUUACAACGCCUUGAAGACUCUUUUUCUUAGUGAGAAACACUAGCUGUAGAAUGACUUAUAUGAUAAAGUAAUAUUUCUAAAAUCAGGAACAUUUAUUUGUUACUAAAUGCUUGUGUACACUGUUAUUUUGAAUAGACAGUAUCUGGGAUCCCUUUUUGGACUUGAGAGAGCUGUUUUCGUUUUUCUAUAUUUUCCUGUCUUUGACUCAGAUUGUACCGCCAAAAUGAACCCAAAAGUUGUAACAUUUCAAACGGCAAUAUGAUCUAUUUUUUCUAGUUAUGUUGAAAUGAAACCAUGGUUAUGAGCUUAGCAGUCUUGAAUACAGUUUGUCAACAUGUCAUAAGAUGUUUAAAAAAGUGUGUUAAAAUGUUUUCCUUUUACAUAAUUCAGUGAAAUGAAACUGUGAUGUUUUUGUUACAGGAAAUGUAUUUUUGUUACAAGACUUAAAAAUAAGGAUUAAUGUCAGCCAGUGGCAAUAGUUCUAAUUUAAUUCCUGUUGUGCAUUUGUAUGCUGUUUUUCAUUGUCAUUUUAUUGUACUCUGGUUUAAAAAAAAAAAAAGGUGCAAUAUCUUAUUUCACUUUUGAAACAAAGAUGGGUUCUCUAAUAUUUUGACAGACUUUUAACUUGUAGUUUUAAGAUGUGUUUUUUUGUUUUUUUCAAAUGGAAAAUGUCAUGGAUAAUUUAUUACAAUUAUCUGGUGAUAGGAUUUAGGGGGAUGUUGCAAAUAGCUUUUUUGCCUUUGCUACCUUGUAAAACUAUGUAUAUAUGCUCAUAUAUUUGACUGUUAAUUUAAAAUAUAUAUGUUUCAUAUAUAUAUAUAUAUACUUAUAGAAAAACUAUUUUUUUUUUUUCCUGUGAUCAUCGUUGCAGGAAAAUUGUCCCUCUGUUUCUGUUCUGUUUUCAUACUGAAAGUGUUCAAAGAUUGUGAAUGUGUGAUAUGAAAUUUGAUGUUGCAUCUUAUUAUGAAGAAAACUAAGAAGUGGUAGAUUUUUGUGUAUGUUCUGUACCUGAACUAUUCAAGACUGCUAAGCCAUUGUACUUCUACCUGUGUAAUAAUUAAUGUAGUAUUUUAUGUUUUAAGUAUUAUGAUCAAAACUGUCUUAUUUGGUACCUCCCAGUUCACUAACGCCCCACUGAGUCCUCGCUGUGGACUCUGUGAGGCGUUGGACUCAGUCCAAUGCUAAUAACUUUUUAAUUAAUUUUUUUAUUUCUUUGUGUGAUCUAAUAUAAAUGUUAUAAAUGAUACAUCAUUAUGGAAAAAAAAUAUUCUGGUAAUGUCAUUUCUUAAUGAAAAGGGAUAUAAUUUCAAAAUGUCUAAUUAUGGUGUUUGUUUUUUGUUUUUUUUCCUUAUGUGUACAGUUAACCAUGUAUUAAAAACAUCCAGACUACCUUUAUUGUGUACUGUUGAACAUUUGGAUGUCUUUCGUUGUAUUCUGAUCCUCAGAAACUUUCUGAGAGCUAUUGUGUAAUUACUAACAGAUGAUACAUGGAGGAUAUAUAGGACAACUGUAUGUUUUCAUGUUGUUGUUUUUUUUUUUUUUUUUUUUUUUUUAAAGCAUAAAAUAUAUUUUUUCUAUUCUCCAGUCUAUUGCCAAUUCUCAAAUUCAAAUAAAUUUUCCACAAGCCUC